ACAACCUCUUCACCGAGUGUGAUUUUCCUGAUUCCAUGAAUGCAGUUGUGUUCGCAUACUGCGUCAGCCUCAUUAUACUUUUCAGCAACUUUUACUACCAGAGCUACAUAACCAGGAAGAGCAAGAAGUCUUAACAGCGUUGGUCCACAUGAUGAGCAGAGGACUCACCCGUCCUUUGAUAGACUAAUUUGUCCAUUGCUGUUCUCAUUGUAGUCCUGCCUCAGCUAUGUUUAGUCAUCAGGACUGAAAAUUUGGUGAAACCAUUUACCCCAUAUCUAAUUUGGUUUGUAAAUGACUUAUCCAAUAAAGAUGUGACAUCUCUUAUUAUUCCUUUUUGCACUUUGGAACAUCAACCGAAAUAAAUUGAACUGUAAUUUCAUUUGAAAUAAGAUGGAACAUUAUCGUUUUGCAUGGUUAAAACAGCUUUGUACUGUCUUAUAAAUUGUGUGUUUCUAUUAACAACAGUGAAGUGCACUAGAUGGCACUAUUUACGUAUCUUUACCGCAGCUGCCUCAGACGAUGUUCUCGCGCAAAUUCUCGCGAUAAUUAGCAAAGUCGAAGGCACCCAGAAAUGGGUAUCUCCAGGGAUCACUGGCACAAGCGUCGUAAAACAGGAGGGAAAAGGAAACCCUACCAUAAGAAAAGGAAGUAUGAACUGGGUCGCCCUCCUGCCAACACAAAGAUCGGUCCCCGUCGUAUUCACACAGUGCGCGUGCGGGGAGGCAAUAAGAAAUACCGCGCGCUGAGACUGGACAGUGGGAACUUCGCCUGGGGCUCAGAGUGUUGCACUCGCAAAACCAGGAUCAUUGAUGUUGUGUACAAUGCCUCCAACAAUGAGCUUGUGAGAACCAAG